AUGGGGGACCCAGAGGCACAGGAGGCCAUGGGCAGGGCGAGGCAGGGUGAGCGUCCCUGUGCCGGGCUCCCUCCGGACAGCAAGUUCUUCCAAGCACACAAGCUAAACCCGGACGCCGGAAAGAAGGCGGGUGCAGCUGCCGGGACCCGGGGCUUGGAGGCCCCGCUCCUCCGGAGACUUCCAGAGGUCAAAGGGCAACUUGCUUCCGGGCCUGCCCGCGGAUGGGGAUCGAGUGCUGCCCCUUCGGCCCUCACGACGCGGAAGGUGCCCUGCGCCCUCACCCUCGAGGCCACCGCUCCCGGGGACAAGGCCCGGCUCAGGCGGUCCCUUGCCCCAGGGCGCCUGCUGGCCCGGUCCCUUGCCCCAGGGCGCCUGCUGGCCCGGCGGGUCCCAGAGCUCCGCGGGCGGCGCCUGGGGCGGGGAGGGGGAGGCGUGUGGCGGGUCCCCCUCUUCCCUCCGCUUCUCUGCGCGCCUCUCCUCUUCCUCUGCUCUUGUCCCCUUCGCUUCCAGCUUCUUUUCCUUGUAUCCGCUUCGCACCCCAACCUCCCCUUCUUCAGGCUGUGCUCGGGGAGCCCCGUUCCCUUCCCCCUCCCGUGUCCCUGCCCCGGUCCCUCCGUCUGUCUCUCACACGCCACUUCUGUCCCCCCCGCCCCUCCAGGGGGCCUCCUAGUCCCCCCUUUCUGUCUACACUCUCAGUCGGCCUUUCACUGUAGCUUCUUUUCAUUGACUUUUCACUCCUCUUCCUGCUCCGUCCCCUCCCCGUCCUGCCGCCGUUGCGUCUCUACCCCCUCCCCGCCCUGUCUUCCCCGCUUUCCUGGACAGCCCCCCCCCCGUUUCCCUUCCCAACUUCUCGGUCUCUCUGCUUCCCGCCUCUGCGUCUCCCCCCAGGUCCCCCUGCCGCCUGCAGCAGCGGGGAGGCCCCUGGCCGGGCGCCCCCACGAGCUGGUGACACUCGUCUCCCGCCUCCGAACAGACAGCCCCGUGAUUCGGGUGUCCCAUUUCACGACAGUCAGGUCACGGCCCGGGCCCACCAGCCCGCCGCUCUCCGGGGGGAAGGGCGCUAUCUCUCGGGGGGGGGGGGCGCACAGCCGCCCCUCCCUCUUCUCUGGCUCCGGCUGGUGGUUCCUUCGGUCCUCUUCAUCACCCGGCUCCUUCCGCACACCGUCGGCUCGGGACUGUCGGUGUUCCCCGCUGUCACUUCCUCGUCUCCCUAGGUCACAGAGCGCCCGCGGAGUGGCGGCCGGGCGCCGAGGAGGGAGAGGCGUCUCCGCAGCUGCCUGUGACCUCGCUCUCCAGUCGCCUCUCCCCGGCCAGGCCCCCACCCCGCCGGACCCCGGCCGGGGGCCGCGGCUUCUGGGCGUGCGCGUGCCUGCCCUGCCAGUGUGCGCGCGCACGCGCCUGUCUGUGUCCGUCCGUGCGCGGGCGCGUACCUGUGCGCGCGCGCGCGCCUGUGCCUGUCUGGUCCGCGCGCGUCUACCUGUGCGCGUGCGCGCCCUUGCCCCGCCGGCGUUUCCAACCCCCUCUCCCUCAUCCCUUCCCCUCCUCCUCCCGCUCCCCAGCCGCUCCCCGCACCCCUCACUCUUCUCAGUGCGGCUUGUGCUCUCUCCUCCCGGCCUUUUUCUUCCGCUUCCUUCUCUCUCACCUCUUUUCCCGGCCCCGGCUCCACGCGCACCUGGCACUCCCCGCCCCUCGCUCACACCCCUCCUUUCUCGGCCUCUCUCCUCCUCCGCCCGGUUCUGUCCCGCCCGCCCGCUCUCCACCCUGCAGUCUCCCUUGUUCUCCGUCUCUCUAGUUCCCGUGCGCGCUCCCCCUCCCUCCGCCUGCUCUCCUCCCCUGCCCUGCCCCGCCUUGGCCUUCUCCUCCCGGCCCUCGCCCAGCCCGCCCUCCUUCUGUCUGUCUUUCCCGCCUCUCCCCGUGCCCCUCACCCCUUCUGUCUUUCCCGCUCCCGUUCGCUCCUCCGCUCCGCACCCUCCCCUGCUCUCCCGGACCGUCUCCUGCCUCCGGCCGUCCUCUCCCAUUUCCGACUCUCUCCCUUCAUCUCCCUACUCCUCCUUCCCCCAGCCGUCCCCCUCCCCGCCACCGUCUCCUUUCCUCUCCCUUCUCCCCUCUCUCUCAGGGCCUCCCCCCAGCCUUUCUUCUCUGUCGCCCUUCCUCGUCCCCCCGCAUUCCAUUUGUCCCCCGCCCCGCGCUUUCUCUUCCCUUCUUUCCUACUUGCUCCCCUCUCCUGCUCGCUUCCAUCCCUUCUCUCCCCACCCCUUCAGUCUCUCUCUCUCUCUCUCUCUCUUCCUCCCAGACUUCUUCCCUCGCACUCGCCUCCUUUCCUCUGAGCCUUGUCUCCUGGGAGGCCCCUCCACGCCCCGCCCCUGCAGGCGCUCUGAGCUCCUCUCCCGUCUCCCUCCCUGAGGUCCUGAGCUGACACGCACCCAGGGACCUGUGCGGCGUUUGUGCCAAGAGGCUGGACAGCCCGGAGGAGGGCUGCCCAGCCUGCGGCCCCCGAGGUGGAAGGGCAUUUGUGACACCCCCUUUCUCUCUUUCUGUCUGUCUGUCUGUCUGUCUUGGACCCUGGACCCUGCCGGGAGGAACGACGCCUGCCCCUGGCCCAGGCAGGAGGAAAUGAGGAGCUGCCUCAGACACCGGGACUGCGAUGCCUGGAGACGCAGCCAGCGGCACGGAGCGUGGGCGGACCUCACCUGACUCCCAUUUCACCCAUGAGAACACAGGCACCAGUGUUACCGAAGACCAGAAUCUGCUGGGACAGAGGCUUCGUGGGGACCCCGAUCUUCCCAAGGGCCGAGAGCACCCCCUGCAAGGCCCUUCACUUCGUGAAAAGGCGCCACGUGCGCCUGUCCUCCCCAGCGUACCCAGCAGAGUGUCCUAGGGGCCUGGGAGGCAUUCCCUGGCGGUGUGAAGCCUUUUAUCGCCACCUACUGAUAAAGGACGGAACUGCAACCCGGCUGGAUUAGACACCAGGAAUGGCUGAAAAAACACAACAAACUGCAGGGACUGGAAUGCUUGGGGGAGGGGUGUGUGGGAGGAGAGAUAUUGGUAGGGGUGAGGGGAGAUGGAAAAUCUGUAAAAAUGUGAAAAUGUUUACUCUUGGUCACCAUGUAAACAUCAACCCCAGCAAGCUCCUUGGUUUGCCAGCUUAAACCUCCACACUCCCAUUUUCAUUCUGCGGGUGGGGUCUCCCCGCGUUGCCAUGGAAAUGCAAGCGUGACUCUCUGCGGGGAAACAAAGGAAAGUUGCCUGGGGGCCUGUUUCUAGGAACUGGGCCAAGUGGAGUUUUCCUCUGUAAGGACACCACUGUGUCCUGCUGAACUGAAAGGUGGGUUGCAGCGAAGGAGAAUGACUGACAGCUAGAGAGGCCCCAGGAAGUGGCCCCUGACCCUCACUGGGAGUCUCCCCGCUGGGUUAAAUGGAGGCUACAGAACUAUUUCCCAAAGCCCCUGCUACGCCGUAAUUUGACACAGUAGGAUCUUUAAAAAACACUAAAAUUA